AUGGAACGGCCAAAUAUACCACCAGACAGUGGGGAAAGACUUUUUUUAUCCACUGCGAAUUACAUUUUUACCGCGGUGUUUGCCGUCGAGAUGUUCAUCAAGGUUGUUGCAUCUGGUAUGCUGUACGGCUCCGACGCUUAUUUUACUUCAGGCUGGAACGUCAUGGACGGAGUCCUUGUGAUCAUUUCCAUAAUCGACUUAUCAAUGUCCCUAUUGUCGUCGAGUAGUCCAAGAAUAUUUGGAAUACUGAGGGUUUUUAGACUUUUAAGGUCGCUAAGACCGUUGCGAGUUAUUAAUCGAGCUCCUGGUUUGAAGCUGGUUGUUCAGACAUUGUUAUCCUCUUUACGACCUAUCGGCAACAUCGUUUUGAUAUGCUGUACUUUUUUCGUAAUCUUCGGUAUCUUGGGCGUGCAGCUCUUCAAGGGUGCCUUUUAUUAUUGCGAGGGGCCUGAUAUUAAAAACGUACGCAAUAAGACGGACUGCCUGGCGGACAAACGGAACGUCUGGCUGAACAGGAAAUACAAUUUCGACGAUCUUGGCAAAGCGUUGAUGUCGCUGUUCGUAUUGUCGUCGAGAGACGGAUGGGUGAACAUCAUGUACACGGGGCUCGACGCUGUAGGCGUCGAUCAACAGCCGAUCGAGAAUUACUCGGAGUGGCGGCUGCUCUAUUUCAUAGCUUUCAUCCUGCUGGUGGGCUUCUUCGUGCUGAACAUGUUCGUGGGCGUCGUGGUGGAGAAUUUUCACAGGUGUCGCGAGGAACAGGAGAAGGAGGAACGCGUGAGACGCGCUGCCAAACGAGCCUUGCAAAUGGAGAAGAAACGGCGAAAAAUGCACGAGCCGCCCUACUACACCAACUACUCGAAAUCCAGGCUGUUCGUUCACAACGUUGUGACGUCCAAGUACUUCGACCUAGCGAUCGCCGCGGUAAUCGGCCUGAACGUUGUCACCAUGGCAAUGGAAUUUUACAUGAUGCCAAAGGCUCUCACCUACGCCCUAAAGAUAUUCAACUACUUCUUCACCGCCGUCUUCAUCCUCGAAUCAUUUAUGAAACUUCUUGCCCUGGGUCUGCAUCUGUACCUCAAGGAC